CUCGCACUUUGUUUGAUCACGUGGUUCACCCCGGCGACGAGCUGUGUUGAAAACUGUUGUUCCUAGUUUUUCCCAUAAUGAUGGAGUAAUUUCGAGACAUGGAUUGAUGAAACCAAUUUAUACGAACGCAUAAAGUAAAAAUGAGUCACGUUUACGAAGGGCCUCUGGCCACCUACAACAGCCUGACGGACAGGAACCUGUCAGGGUACUUCUCCAACACCCGCAUGAGAAGACACCUUCGCAAGGCCGGACUGGUGAACAAACGCGGGGAACUGUUAUCAGAAAAUCAGUAUAGACUCAACAUGGCUAGAAAAGAGCACAAGAAGCAUGUGAAGGACAUGUUAGCUCAGGCCAUUGUACACAAGUCGCUGGACAUGGAACGCACCCGGCAAGUGGAAAUCCGGAGAAAGCUGGAGGAGAUUGCCAAGAUUGAGCUCGUUAGAAGAGUGAGGAGCUCAAGAGGGAGAAAAGGGGAUGAAGAGAUUUUGCCGUAUUUAUCCCCGCGGUCAAGUCGUUCCGCCAGCCGCCCUGAAACAGCUAAUCAACAGAGGUAUAGGCCGCAAAGUGCCCCCUCGGGAAAUCAUUAUGAGAAUGUUGUAUAUGUGGAUGAACAUGGCCGUGAACUGAGUCCAAAUGGACGUGAGGACUUUCGAACAACCAAGGCUAAGCCCCAGGAAAUUGAUACUAAGCACCUUUAUGCUCUGGACUCCGCAGCCUUGAGGAAAUAUGCCCUUCAGUUGUCUCGUAUUGAGCAGGAAUCUAUGUCUCCAUAUCUGCACUCCCCUCUUCCCACUCCUCCCCGGAGCCACCGUGGCAACCGCGUGGGGUCACGACCUCGCAUUCGCUCCCGCCCAAGGACUGCAGAACCCCAUCGCAGUUUAAGCCCAAGGGAGAAGAAGUCUGCACAAUCAUCAGAGAGAGGUUCCGAGAGGAGCUAUAGUGUAAGCUCUGAGCGGGACCACUCUUUAAAGGGUACCCCUUCCCGAGGCCCUCGAAACGGCUACCAAAGACGACCUCUUAAUAGACCAAGAGUUGUGGAAGGAACACUGAUGCUGCACCGACAGGAACCUGCCAUGUUGCACCAGGGGGAGGUGCAGACCCUUUGUGAGAUCACUAUGAAGUACCAUGGGCCUAACCUGACCCUCCCCAGGGAUCAGUAUGACCCCACCCAGAAUAUUUCUAUUGACCAACAACACUGUGGAGGAAAUACCUUGACUGUGUUUAAAGAAAAUCUGAAACCUGGUGACACCUUCAGUUUUAUUUCUCGUCGACACCGCGGCUUCCCCUUCAGUCUGUCCAUUUUCAUGGAUGGUCGGGUAGACUGUCGUGUCAGCACUUGCUGCGAGUAUAAGCAUGCAAAGGGAGUAAAACUUGGCGGGAAGAUGGGCCAUUUCAGUCUCCUAAAAGUGGAAGGUGCCACUCCAUGUUACAAGUGUAAGCUGACCAGUAAGGCUAGUCCAAGAUCUUUGAAGAGGCCCCCAAAGACCCAGAAACAGCCUGAACAAUUGAAGGAGGAGGUCAUUGUUGUCGAUAGACGCCAUGUACAGGAACUGAGUAGUGAAGUGAAUGAGGAGGAGGAUGAAAAUGUGGAAAUUCCUGUGGAGGAUGAUUCCACUCAACAAAAGAACAAAUGUGACACUUUCAUUGACCCAAACCCUACUGAGGAUAGGGAGAAAGAUGAUGAAAAAUAUGACGAUGAUUUUGAUGAUGAUGAAGAUGAAGAAGAAGAGAAAAAGGAUGAAGAAAAAGAAAAACCAGAAUCCGCAUCAUCCCAUUCCUCGCGGUCAUCUUCAAGAUCAUCGUCGCCAUCUCACUCCGAGUCUGAGGAGGAGGAGGAGGGUGAUAGAAACGCUGUUUCACAUUUCGUGUAUGAAGACAAGAAAAAGAAAAAAAUAGUAGGCCUGGCCGCCGAUGAGGAUACCAGAACUGAGAAAACGGAGACGGAUAAAGAAAGUGUUAGCGAAAUCAGAAAGGUAUCUGGAUAUUCUGAUGAGGAAGAAUACCCAGAUGGAGAAAAAUAUAGCAAGGAGCAGAAUGCCGCAACUAAAGUUCAAUCACAAGAAAAGACAAUUAUCAGACGUCAACGUAGUUCGAGCUCAUCAUCUAGCUCAUCAAGUUCAAGGUCAAGGUCUAGAACUCCUGAAAAAGUCAUUGUUGCGAAAUCCCAAUCAAAAGAUAGGUCUCCAUCGCCUGUUGAAAAAAGAAAAUCACCUUCUCCAGAGCCUAAAAGGAAGUCGCCAUCCCCAGAACCUGCCAGAAGAUCACCAUCACCCCCAGGAAGACGGUCUCCCUCACCGGUUCGUAGAGCAUCUAUAUCCUCGGCCUCAUCUACUUCAACUGUGCACGUAUCAGAGCCUGAGGAUAAGGAGGAAACAGAUAAAGUUUUAAUAGGAAAGUCAAGGCAGUUAGAUUCUCAACCAAGACCUACACCAAUAGUUAGGAAGGAUUCCGUACCUGUUGAAUUUAAUUACACGAGUUAUACAGAAUCGGUUACAAGUGGUGAUGUUGGAAAAUCCAUUACAGAGGAAGAAUCUUUUAGACCACGGUCUCCACUUCCUAAGGAAUUUCAAUAUAAAAAACAAUACGAGGAUUCGCCACCACGACAAGACAAAUUGAAAAGUUUCAGAAAGAGUUCUACUUCAUCGAACUCGUCUUCAGAUGGAGGUAAGAAACAAUUCCCUAGCACAACAAAGCAUUCCUCGUCCUCCUCCAGCGAGUCGGAAAAUGAUGAGAAAAAGAAAAAAAUUAGAAGAAGUUCAAGCUCCAGUACCAGUUCCACAGAAGCAAAAAGAAAGUUUGGAGCAAAAGCUACAAAGGAUAAAAAGAGUAGUUCAGAUUCUGAUUCAGAUAGUAGAAAGAAGAAAACCUCGAGCUUUGUUUCCAAAAAGAAAUCUAGCAGUUCAUCAAGUGAGUCAGAAUCUGAUAAGACAACAAAGAUUCCAUCACCACCAAGGAAAAGCCCAUCCCCACCCGCUGUUACAAAAUUUAGCAGGAAACCAUCUUCUUCUUCCUCAUCGAGCAGUUCAAGUGACUCAGAGUCGACGACAGCUAGAACAGAAGAUGGAAAGAAUAAAUCUAGCCCCCUAAGUGGAAACAUUGAACAGCAAAGCGUGACCAUUGAAGAGCAAAGGAAGGCGAGUGUUCCUCUUCCAGUGUCUGAGGAGUUGAAAGAUGCGAAAAAGUCAAGUAGUUCAAGCAGUGGUUCUAGUAGUUCAUCGGAAACGGAGACGGAAGCCCCUAAACCAUCCGUAAAGCCAUCGUCCCCUCCUGUUCAGAGAAAAGAAGAAACUGUUAUUACAAAGUCAGAAGAACAAGCAAAGCCUACAAAAUCUGUUUCAAGUUCCAGUUCAAGCAGCAGCGACUCAUCAGAAACAGAAACUGACAGGUCAGAGAAACCUCCUGUGACGAAAGUACCAUCCCCACCUCCGGGACCGAAACCCUCAUCUCCUGUCAUAGAAAAAAGAGUGCAAAAACCAGCGGAUGCCACAACAAAACCGGCGUCAAGUUCAAGUAGUUCCAGUUCAGGCAGUAGUGACUCAUCAGGAACAGAAACUGACAGAUCAGAGAAACCCCCUGUGACGAAAGUACCCUCCCCACCUCCGGGACCGAAACCCUCAUCCCCUGUCAUAGAAAAGCAAGUGGAAAAGCCAGGAGAAGCCACAACAAAACCGGCGGUAAUUUCAAGUAGUUCCAGUUCUGGCAGUAGUGACUCGUCAGAAACAGAAACUGAUAGAUCCGAGAAACCUGUUGUGACAAAAGUACCCUCACCACCCCCUGGACCAAAGGUGUCUUCUCCGGUCAUUGAAAAGAUAGUUGAAAAGCCAGCACCAGAUACAGAAACAAAAAAAGAUGAGUCAAGUGGUAGCGAAGACAGCAGUUCUGAUUCUGGUUCUUCAUCUUCCGACUCUGAAAGCGAGAACGAGGAAGAGAAAAAGAAAUCCAAAGAAAAACCUGAGGAAAAAGAUAUAAAGAGUGAUUCCAAUGCGAAGUCUGUUAAAGAACAAAAAGAUUUGCCUAUCAGCGAGAGUGAUACUGACAAGAAAGUCUCGAUUUUCAACAGUGACACUGAUGGUGAAAACAUGCAUGGAGGAAAUGAUCCUGAUGAGGUAGAGGCUGGUGGAAAGGGUGCUACAUCUUAUUUGUCCCGAAUUGGAGUAAAACCAGGCAUCCCAGUUGAGGGAUCCGUUACACCAAUGUUUGAGGGGAAAUCUGAUAUAGAUCUUAACAGCAUAGCUCUAUCCAACGAACAGGUAACUGAAAUUUCGGACUAUUUGGCUAAGAAAGACGACAUCAAGACAUUCUCACUCAGAAAUGCGUGUCUGGACAGUGACAAGUUUGAAAACAUUCUAAAAGCUCUGAAAACAACAAAAUCAGAAAUACAGAUGAUCAAUAUGAACCUGAAUAAACUCAACGCAACUUCUGCAAAAGAGAUUGGAGAACUUCUUGUGGAGAAACCGUCGCUACAGAUUCUAUUACUUCAUGGGAACCCAGUCGGAGACACAGGAAUCAAGUACAUUUCAGAAAGCCUGAAAGAUAUUCAUAGCGCAUAUCUUUCCCACAAAGACGAAGAAAAUCCACCAAAAUACUGUCGGCUUCUGGAACUGGAUCUUGGAGAUACUGCCAUCGGAGAUGAGGGAGUUGAACAUAUAUCGACUCUUCUAGAAUCCAACACAUCACUGAAAACACUGAACCUAAAUGGGAACACCAAAAUCACAGUGGCGGGAUGGAAACGACUCGGAAAGGCGCUGAAAAAGAACACCACCCUUCAUACGUUGACUCUGGACUUCAACAAGAUUGAGGAUGAUGGCAUCGCUGGUCUUGUCAGUGGAUUGAAAGACAAUCAAACACUGAAGGUGCUGGAGUUAGAGGAAGGGUCUAUUUCUGAUGAAGGAGGAAGGAAGCUAGUGGAGUUACUCAAAUGUAACACUACCAUCUUAGACAUAACUGUCUCACCAGGAAAUGCCAUAUCAGAGAAAAUUAGAGGAGAAAUUGUGAACUAUCUUGGCCUUAAUAAAGCUGCCGCUCAACCUUAGUCAAGUUAAAUGAUUAAAUAUGUUGCGUUGUAUUUUUUCUAUGUAGACAAGAUGUGCUUUCAGUUUAGGUGUUUAUCAAAUAAAGCUAGUGUAAUGUAAUAAACUAAGAAUUUUUACUAUGUAGAAAGUGCUUCAUGAACAGGUUGAAAGGUAAUUUAGCCUAACGAAUUAUUUGCAUAUUUUAAAUAGUGAUAUCUUAAAUUGCUUAAAUGUAGCAUAUUUCUAUAUUUGACGAAGUCUGUUAUUAAGAUAAUUUUUGGAAAUUUUUAUUCAUAUCAGUAGUAACUGAAAAAUAAUUAAUAUUUACAUGUAGGUAUUAUAGAAUUUUAUGUUCUUGUUAAAAUUUAAUUUUAUUUCUUGUUACUUGGUUUGUAUAUUGCACUUAAUCCGUCCGUUUUUACAUUUAUUUACAAUACGUUUGUCCUUUUUCAAGUUUUUGUUUGUGUCUGGGAUCAUGUGAUAGAGUUUUAUGUUUGCAGAACAAUAAAUCAUGAAACUUGAAGUCUCAAAGAACCCUGUGAUAAAUAUAUAAAUAUCUCUAUAUCAUUUCUAAUGAGUAUCUGAAAAGUAUUAAGGCCUUCAUAUUUAAUGAAUGCUAUUCUUUAUAUUAUCUUUAAAGAAACAACGAUUUCAUUACAUACCCUUUUGGAUUUUACAAGAAUGUAUAAAUAUGUUGGUUGUGAAAAUAUUUUUUUCUUACUUUGUAAGAAGAUAUUUUUGUAUAGGUUUAACGCCAUUGCUCAGGCUUGAUUAGUACAUUCCGUGCAUACAAAUGGAUAAAAUAUUCUUAAUCAAGGAAGAUGUAUAACUUUUGCUGAUAUUGUAUGAUUAUACAUGUAUUUGUGAAUAGUGAUGUGCUUGCAACCCAGCUGUAUCCAUUUAUUGUUGUUUUUAUUUGUUGAUGUUAAUCAGUCCUCGUCUGCCAUUCGGUGUAGCCUUUGCAUAGUAAAUAAAACUAGACUUAGUCAAA